CCUCCCCUUUCCUCUCUUUUCGGAGUUUGAGUGGCCACCAGCCAGCUUUUGAUUUAAGGAUCGUUUGUCUUUCCUGGGAUGUGAAAAAAGGGUCGUGGCUGAUCUACAACUAGUUCGUUUGAGGCGGUUAUUUUGGGCAACUCUGUGUGCAGAGGCACCUCAAAUAGAGAGAGGGAGCGAAAGAGAGCGCACGGCGCACAGACCAGAGGCAGGGAGGAGAGAGAGAAAGGCGCACAGAUUUCAGUGGAACUCCGCUGGUUCCCCCGCACACUGGAUGCGCGCAACAGAUCUGUAUGACAACGGAGAACAGACAGAAACACAUUCGGAUGGUUUUAUGGAAAUUAGAGCAACUUAAGCAAGCUUACAUUUAAUAAUCGGGUGUUUUUCCCCUUGCCCAGUGGAGAAAGCAAUGCAGCUACUGAAUCAGCGAGCUCAGCAUUUAAUAAGUUGAAACUGGAACAGAUCUCCACUGCAUUUUGCAGUUAUUUUUUGGACUUAUUUCGGAGUUCAACAAAAUACAAAGGAGACCAAAAUGAAGGGACUCUUUCUAACAAGAAUGUGGAAAGUUCUGGCGGUUUUGGCACUGGCGACGCAGCACAUCACUGGCAAGACACUGAAAUAUCAGAUUUAUGAGGAGCAGAAGGUUGGCACUGUCAUUGCCCGCUUGAAAGAAGACGUCGCGGAUGUUCUGGCUAAACUUCCAAGCUCGGUGCCGCUCCGCUUUAGAGCUAUGCAACGAGGAAGCUCGUCUUUCUUCAAUGUGCGCGAGCAGGACGGAGAAAUCAGCAUCAAGACCAAAAUUGAUCGCGAGAAACUCUGCGAAAAGAAUCUGAAUUGUUCCAUUCAGUUCGAUGUGCUAACACUCCCCACUGAGCACCUCCAGCUGUUUCUCAUCGAGGUGGAGGUGUUUGACAUUAACGACAACGCACCUCAGUUCGCUCGCGUCGUCAUCCCAAUUGAGAUCUCCGAGAGCGCGGCCGUGGGAGCGCGCAUUCCCCUGGACAGCGCCACAGACCCCGAUGUCGGGGAGAAUUCACUGUACUCAUAUGCCUUAGAACCAAACAACUUCUUUAAGCUCGACAUUCAGUCUAGGACUGAUGGGGUUAAAUAUGCUGAGCUGGUGGUGCUCAGGGAGCUCGAUCGGGAGGAGCGCUCUGGUUACGAACUUCAAUACACGGCCUCUGACAGGGGCGUUCCCCCGAGAACGGGUUCGACCCUCCUUAAAAUCAGUGUUACUGACUCAAACGAUAACAGUCCAGUUUUUGAAAAGUCGUCAUAUGUCAUCAAUCUCCCAGAAAAUUCACCUGUUGGCACUCUGCUCAUUGACUUAAACGCAACGGACGCGGAUGAGGGCACAAACGCCAAAAUAGUCUACUCAUUUAGCAGUCAUGUCUCUCCGAAAAUAAUGGAGACAUUCAAAAUUAACCCCGACAGCGGUCACCUGACUCUCAUCAGGCGCGUGGAUCACGAGACUGCUAAUUCUUAUGAUAUCGAUGUGCAAGCACAGGACAUGGGUCCAAACUCCAUGCCCGCUCACUGCAAGAUCCUGGUCAAAGUGGUAGACGUCAACGACAACAAACCUGACAUCAGCAUCACUCUCAUGUCUUCUCAGGGGAAUGGAGAUGCAGCUUAUGUAUCUGAAGCUUCACCUUUGGACACAUUUGUUGCUUUGGUCAGGGUAGAGGACUUGGACUCUGGACUGAAUGGAGAGGUGGAGUGCAAGCUUCAUGGUCAAGGCUAUUUCAAAUUGCAGAAAACAUAUGAGAACAACUACAUGAUUUUGACCAAUGUGUCUCUAGACAGAGAGAAGAGGUCAGAGUUCAGCCUGACUGUGGUGGCAGAGGAUCGAGGGACUCCAAGUCUUUCUACUGUCAAACAUUUCACUGUGCAUGUAACUGAUGAAAAUGACAACCCACCACGUUUUGAGAAGGGGCAAUAUGAGAUCUUUAAAUCAGAGAACAAUGCCCCUGGAGCAUAUCUGACGUCCAUCUCGGCCACUGACCCUGACCUGGAUUCUAAUGGGCAGGUGAGCUACUCCAUCUUGGAGAACUCUGUUCACGGCAGUUCUAUCUCCACCUAUGUCACCAUUGACCCCUCUAAUGGCGCUAUCUAUGCACUGCGCACAUUUGAUCGAGAGGAUGUUAGCCGUAUAGCCUUUAUUGUGCAAGCAAAGGAUGCAGGAAAACCAGCACUGCUCAGCAAUGCCACAGUUAUUCUGAACAUUCUGGAUGAAAAUGACAACCCUCCAGUCAUUGUGGUCCCUCAGCUGUGGAACUUCACUGCAGAUGUGCCUGCUUCAAAGUUUACAGAGGCUGGACACUUAAUAACUGUGGUUAGGGCAACUGAUAGAGAUACAGGAGUCAAUGCUGAGCUCAUUUGCUCUAUAGUCAGUGGCAACGAAGAAGGAUUCUUCUUCAUUGAGCCAAGAACAUGUGAGAUCCAUGCCAACGCUAGUUUGGAGAACUUCCCCCAUGACCAUGCAGAGCUGACUGUUGUGGUCAGAGAUCAAGGAAGUGAGAGUCUCAGUGCUAAGGCCGUUCUGAAAAUCACUCUCCAUGAGACCAUUGAGAACCACGGGUCAGUAACAGACCAAGGAGAGACCUCACUUGAUGUAUCUCUGAUUAUCAUCAUCUCCUUGGGAGCCAUCUGCGUCGCACUCAUGUUUAUCAUGGUGGUGUUUGCUUCUCGCUGUAACCGGGAGAAAAAGGACACCAGGCACUCCUAUAACUGCCGGGUAGCAGAAUCCACCCACCAGCACCACCCAAAGAAGCCCUCACGCCAAAUCCACAAAGGUGAUAUAACCUUGGUCCCCACAGUGAAUGGCACUCUCCCAAUCAGAGCCCACCACCGCUCCCCUUCAGCCACACCUCCCAUGGAACGAGCCCAGAUAGGGAGCAGGCAGAACCACCACAGUCGCCAAUCCUUGAACAGCCUAGUGACCAUUUCGUCCAAUCAUAUUCCAGAGAGCUUUGCCCUGGAACUGGCACACACAACUCCACCAGUUGAGCAAGUCUCACAGCUUCUGUCCAUGCUCCAUCAGGGCCAGUACCAGCCCAGACCCAGUUUCCGUGGCAACAAAUACUCCCGCAGCUACAGGUAUGCGUUACAAGACAUGGACAAGUUCAGCCUGAAGGACAGUGGCCGUGGGGACAGCGAGGCGGGGGACAGUGAUUGUGACAUGGGGCGGGAAUCCCCCGUGGACAGACUGCUGCUGGGGGAGGGCUUUUCUGACCUGAUGCACCUUGAAAUGCACCAUCGACUCCACCCAGCUAUGAGACUGUGCACGGAUGAAUGUCGUGUCCUGGGACACUCUGACCAGUGCUGGAUGCCUCCCCUCUCCUCCCCCGCUUCCUCUGCUGACUACCGCAACAACAUGUACAUCCCUGGGGAGGAGUCCUCCCAGCAGCCUCCACUCGAUGAUGACCAGUCCUCCGUUGACUCGGAGCGCCGCAAGAGCUUCUCUACUUUUGGCAAAGAAUCUGGGAAUGAAGAGGAAGGAGCUGGAGGUGUUGUCUCUGGAGCAGGAGGUGAUGUGUGUGCAGCUGGAGGAGGGGCUGGCUCCCUCCUCACAGAGAUGAACUCUGUGUUUCAGCGACUCCUACCCCCUAAUAUGGACUCCUAUGCCGAAUGCACUGAAACAAGCCCAACCUCAUCGUCAUCAACCACUGAGAGAGGAAAUGGACGAAGUGGCAACAUUGUUGGUAACCACAGUAACAACGCUGUUCCCCAGGACAACCGGAGAGGGUUGCUGCCGGGUGGUAAAGGUCCCAGCUACCCCCCAGGGGUGGCUGCAUGGGCAGCCAGUACUCACUAUCUAAACCCAGGAAGUGGGUCUGGAAAUGGGACUAACCAUGUUUCCUCCUCCUCUUCUUCUUCUACUUCUUCCUCAUCCUCAUCCUCACCCUCAACUUCGACUCCCACUUCCACCAGUGGCCAGCCUCCACACUUAAAGUGGCUACCAGCAAUGGAGGAAAUUCCAGAGAAUUAUGAGGAAGAUGACUUUGAUGGUGUUUUCCAUCAGGGUCACCAGAGUGGCAAGCGUAGCGAGAACCGCCACGAGGCUGGCAUGGAUGCAAGUGAGCUGGUCCAAGAGAUCAACAAACUGCUGCAGGAUGUCAGGCAAAACUAGAGAAAAAGAAAAGGCAUAGCAUUGUUUCACUGUGUGAUAUGAAGAAAUAUUUCACCACAUUAUGGUAAAUGCUUGUUCCUUGUGCCAACAUUAAAAAGAAGAAAAAAAAAAACGUUCACAUUCACUGUAAUGCUCGUCUUGUUUAUUUUAACAGAUUUUCUCCUUACCUUUCAGUGCUGAGAGAAAGGUAAAAAAACAGCACUGAAGUUGUGAUCUGGGUGACUUAAAAGCAUCAAAGCGAGCACUGAAAGAACAGAUUGCUCAAAGUUGCUUGAAUGAGUGAUUUCAAAAGGAAAUCCACCGACAAAAACUGUACCCUUUCUUCAUUUGUAAUGUUUACAGCAGCGUGAAGAGACUCCACAGGGAGAAAGCAACAGUUGUGUGAUCUAAUUUCUGCUCUUACAGUGUACAAUAUUGUACAGUGUCUGUGCAAAACGGCAAAACCAACUUGAAUAUUGUGCUAUGUCUCCUGUUUUGUUAUUAUGGAAUGUAACUGUACAAUUUGAUCUUUGUAUUUUAAAAAUACUCUUUUUUACUUCUAUAUAUUUAUAUGUGUCCAUGUAUGUUUGUACAGAAAAAGAAAACAAAAUGUCUAUUUUUUAUAUUUGUCACUGCAUGUCUUGAUAUCACUCAAUGUGUCUCUUUUCCUCUGCCCUGUUUAUUUUCUAAACAACUGUAUUUAAUUUUGUUAUUGAAUGUGUGUGUGCAUAUUGAAAAUAGUCACAUUCCAAUGCAGUUCCAUGUUGGAAGUGAGUUUUGUAUGGUAACAUUGUGACCAGUGGACGAUAAAUAAAGUGGAGGGAUUCAUAAAA